GGUAGGUCUAUUUCUACUUAUAGAUAAGGAAGAGUACAAAAACAUCAUGUUUAGAAGAUUUUCUCUAGGCUUAAAUCUCACUAUUAUAAUCCCAAUUAAAUGGAGAAAAAUACCUAUCAAAAGUUCAAAACCAUAUUAGAGAUAAAGACAAAAAAGAGGGAGUACAAUAGGGCAAUUUAGAGAGUGGGUGGGUGUGUUGCAACUUUUAGCAGUAAAAUCAUUGGAGGAAAAAAACCCUUUUGUUUGAGAAAAAAGUGUUGAUGAGAGAGGAAUGAAGGUGGGUUCAAAAGUGAUUUUUGGAUAUGUAAGAAGAUUGAUGGGAGGAUAAGAAGCAAUUCCUCACAUUACCAUCAUAUUGUUGGCCAUUGUAUCACUUCUCUUAUGACCUACUACUCAAUUACUUGUUGGAUUUGAUUUUUAAUAAAAACCCAACAAUUUUCCCCACUACCCUUCCAAAAACAAAAUUCCCAUCAAAAUUUUCUCCCUUUUUGAUCAUUUUCUCUCCUUAUUUGUAAAAGAGUACUUGUAAAAUCACUAUUUGAGCAUAGUAAUAGUAAAGAAAGAAGAAAUCUAGUGAUAAUGGGAUGGGUGAGUGCUAAAAUGCACAUAGUGUGUAGGAUAAAAGAGGGGUGUGUAGUGGUACAUGAGGUGUAGGUUAGAGUAUUGCACUUCACAUUGUACACUCAAAAGUAGAAAGAAAAUAUUAAAGAAAGUAUAUUUUUUAAUAAUACUUGCACAAAAGUAAGCCAAAGAUCAAAACUUUGGCUCCAAUUUGAUAUUUUUACCCCAUUAUUGAAAAAGAAAAUUAAAAAAAGGGUCACUUUCUUUUUCAACUUUUUGAGAGUUUUUCACAUUUAAAGGGUGGUCGUGAUGGAAUUGAUUGAUAUUCAAAGGGUGAAGUUUGUUGCUCAAGAACUUCUUGUAAGAGAAAGAGUCAAAUUUUGAGCUAAGUAAAUUUCGUAACUUAUUCACUUUCUAUAUCUUGCAACUGAAAUUACUUCUUUUUUUCUAUAAAGUUUCAUUCUUUUAGUUAAUUUAGUUGUGUUUUAUAGGAAUACAAUAAUUCCGCAUCACUAAUUUAAUGUUGGGAUUAUCAUUUUAUGAACUAAAAUGUCUUCUGAUAUCAGUUAAAUUAUAACCAUCUUUGAAUUUUAGAGUAAAGUUGGGAUCUUUUUCUGGUGAAUUUUAGUAAUACCCUUAUUUUUUGUGUGUUGAAUGGAUUUUUUUUUGAAGGAAGGUGUUUAUAAGGUGUUUAGGUGAAUUUUACUAAUACCCUAAUUUUUUUUUGUGUUAAAUGGAUUAUUGUUUGAAGAAAGGUGUUAAUAAGGUUAAUUGUGUUAUGGGUAUAAAUGGUUUUGUGAAAUUUGUGUGAUAUUGAGCUAUUUUAGUCUAGUUUGAUUGGGAUUGCUAUUAGGGUCUGUGUUUAGGGUCUUUUAUUAACUGAAAUGGGGAGAGAUUGCUUGCUGCUACCAACUGUUGGACCGCCAAUAAAGCGGCGAGCCGGAUUAAGGAGGAAACAAGCAGGAAGAGGAUCAUAUAGAGGAAGCUAGAUUAGAGAAUUGAGAUAAUUAGGUUGGGAUUUUUGUGUGGCAAAUUGACAUUUUUUUUACUAACAAACCCGGUUUCUGUGGGGUGCAAGUGUUCUUUAGUUGAAGGAAGGGGAAGGGGGGGUUUAGAAUUUUGGAUUUGCUGGUGAGUAGAUAGAUGGCUCCUCACUUGCAGCAGUUGCUUCGGAGCCUAUGCUCGAACUCAGAGUGGAAUUAUGCCGUAUUUUGGAAGCUCACACAUCGUGCUCGAAUGGUAUUGACUUGGGAAGAUGCUUUCUACAAUAAUCACUUCAAACUUGAUCCAUCGGAGAGUAAAAGCUUUGGCGAAACACUUGAAAGCUUGCAUGAUGGGCAUGUUGCUCAUGACCCUCUUGGCCUGGUUGUGGCAAAGAUGUCAUACCAUAUAUAUUCUCUUGGGGAAGGGAUUGUUGGCCAAGUGGCUGCUACUGGGAAACAUCGUUGGGUUUUUGCUGGUGAACAAGCUAUGAGUUCCUGCUCGCCACUAGAGCUCUGUGAUGGAUGGCAAGCUCAGUUUGCAGCUGGAAUCAAGACCAUUGUUGUUGCAGCUGUUGUUCCACAUGGAGUUGUGCAGCUUGGCUCCCUGAAUAAAGUCAAUGAAAAUAUGCACACAUUGACACAUAUUCAAAAUGUAUUUUCGUCUCUUUACGAGUCGGCAUGCCAAAUCCAGACUCCAAUACAUAGCAAUCUUCAGAAUGUGUUGCAAAUGUCAGAUAUUCCCGCAACAAAUUUUAGCCCAGAUGUUUUUCAUGAGUGCUUACUUGAUCUUGAUAAAACUAUGAAUAUCGAGAAUACUUCCUCCAAUCCUCUUGACAUUCAAUCUCCCAAGAGACACGUGCAUCUCAACGAAGUGGUAGAGUUGUCGAGGGAAAAUGGAUUUGUUCAUUCAGUAUCCGGAAAUCAGCAAUCUAUUAAUCAGCUCAGUGUCUCCAAUUGUGAAAGUAACGGUUAUAAAUUUCAAAAUGGAGUUAUUAGUGCAUCCUCGCAAAGUUGCAUAACAGAAAAUAGCCUUUUUUAUGGCGGUAAACUUUCAGCUGAGAAUUCCAGAGUUCAGGACCAUUUCUACGAGGAAAAGGGUCAAAAUUUAGUAGCUUUUGAUUCCUUGCAAAAACCAAACACAAAGAACUACGCGGAGAAGAAACCCGAGUUUAGUUGCCUGGAUAGUGUUGGCAACUUAAAGUCAUCUGUCAUGUUCUCUGUUGGAACCGAGCUGCAUGAAGCUUUAGGACCGGAAAUUCUAAAACAAUGCUACCCUUGGUCUCGGGAGUCUGAAAUUCCCGAUGAUAGACUUGCUUCUCAGAUGCCCGAUGCUAUGGAAAGUAGUCAGCUUACGACGGAUUCUGGCACGGAUCAUCUUUUAGAAGCUGUUGUAGCUAAUUUUUGCCGCAAGGAAGCUGCUUUGAAGAAUUCGAAGUCAUUCUCUACAUCUGAAUCCACGUUGACAACUGAAAAAAUGCCGGAGCCUUCUAUGAAUAUUAGUCAUACAAUAGGUCCAUCAUCGUAUUAUUCAAUUGGGUGCUCGUCACUUCUAGAUGAUAGUACGCAAAACUGCUUGAACUCGUCAGACUCUUGUAGCCUUAGGUCUUCAGCUAGCGCAUUUAGAGAGCCGCUAGUGAGGCCAGUUGAACCAAGUAAGCCUAACAAAAAGAGAGCCAGACCUGGUGAAAGUUCUCGGCCUCGGCCAAGAGAUAGGCAGCUUAUUCAAGACCGGAUUAAAGAGCUUCGAGAACUUGUGCCAAAUGGAUCAAAGUGUAGCAUCGAUUCAUUGCUUGAACGGACAAUCAAGCAUAUGGUCUUCAUGCAGAGUGUCACGAAGCAUGCUGACAAGCUCAGUAACAGUGUAAAGUCUAAGGGUUGUAUUAAUGAAAUGGGAGUGUUCGGUUCUGGUUAUGAGCAAGGGUCAAGCUGGGCGGUAGAGGUUGGUGGGCAUAUGAAAAUUUGCCCAAUAGUAGUAGAAAAUCUCAACAUGAAUGGGCAAAUGCUAAUUGAGAUGUUAUGUGAAGAUUGUGACCACUUUCUAGAGAUAGCAGAAGCCAUCAGGUGCUUGGGCUUGACUAUAUUAGAAGGCAUGACCGACAAUCACGGAGAUAAAACAUGGGUGCGUUUCGUGGUUGAGAGUCAGAGCAACAGGAAGUUGCAUAGAAUGGAUGUAUUAUGGUCACUUGUACAGCUUUUGCAAUCAAAAGCUACUGUCUGACGGCUUUUGCCUAUCGGUGCUUUCGUUGAUGUGCUGUGAGUUGUUUUGUAAUGUCUUACGAUGACCGUUAAAUGUGUGUAUUUCGUGUUUUGGAUUUGUGUGCCUUCCGUCCUAGUAUAAAUAGUUCGUCAGAGAAAGAAUACCCAAAGUUUCUGAAGAAAUGGGUCUUUUCUUUUUGGUAUUUGUUCCCAAGAUUGUAUAUUUUUCGAGUUGUAAGCUGUCUAGAGCUUGAAACACUUUACACUUGUUAAUGGAUUUGAAGUGUGCGUUUUGAUAUCA